AUGUUUCGGCGUCGCCCUCGCCCAGGGGCCCAGGAGGUGGCGCCCAAGGGGCCCCCUGGCGACGGCGACUUCCGACGCUGCCACCCGCGGCUGCCCAAGCUGACCCCGCCCCCGCUCCGAGCGGCCCAGGGCGCGCGGGGCUCCGGGGGCUCGAGGAUCCCGCGGGGCGGCGCCGCGUGGUGGCCGGAAGGGGACGCGGAGCCCGGGGUGGGCGUCGGGAGCCCCCCGCCGCGCCUGCCCGCUCUGCCCACCGCGACCCAGCGGGCGGCGGGGAAGCGGGGGCUGCUGCGGUCCCUGCUGCUGCCGCCCCUGCUCUCGGACGGCGCGUCCCGGGCAUCGGCGCCCAGGCAGCCCGGGCCAGGCGAGCGCGAGCGCCCCUGGAGGGGCGUGGCCAGGGAGGACCCCAGCUUCCUGGGCGCCUUCCUCGGAGAGCUCCUCCCCAGCAGGUUCCGCGAGUUCCUGCACCAGCUCCAGGAGAAGUGCGCCGACGAGGAGCCCGAGCCACCGACAUCCUCAGCACCGCAACAUCAAAGGGAUGUGUUCGAGCACUGCCGGGGGGCUCCGCAGCGUCCCAACCGCUCUUUCCUCCCAGACCUGUGGGGCCAGUCACCGCACCUCCAAGACAGUCUUACCAAGAUUUUACUCCAACAGACACCUGCUCUGGGGGCCCUGAAGGCUGAUUGCCCCCAAUUCAGCACGGUCAGAAAGGCCAGCCACAGGCCCUCCGGGAGAGGCUCCGGGCCCCACAGGCCUCGCUGCCCUUUCCGGGUGCGAUUUGCUGACGAGACCCUGCAGGACAUUCUUCUCCGCUACUGGGAGCGCCGAUGCUCAGCCCCCACAGCGUCCAGGGGCUGGAGGAGGCCCCGAUGCCCUGAGAAGCAUCUUCCCCCCACAUCCAUGAAGGCAGACCUCAGAAGCCUGCCUGAGGAGGUGCCCAGAAGAGCCAGGAAGAGGAAACGUUCUCUCUGCUGGAGACAGUGGGCACUGCCUGGUCCAGCAAAGAAGCUAAGAACCACCAGGCCCUGGGUGUAAUGGUGUCCGUUUUGCCGCUCCCAGAGAGUUUUCUGAAGUGGGUUUCGAGAAGCAGGCGAGAAGUCCGUGUUCUCGCUCUGACAUGACCUUGACCAAGCUCCACUUCCUUCCAUGUGCCCAGCCUCUUCUCAGGGUCCAGUAGUCCCCAGGGCCUCCAACAGCCAACUUCCUCUAGCUGUUCAUUGAGCACCUACUACGUGCAGUUUCAGGAAACGCCUGCCUCGAGGACCAGCUGUGGGCGAUGCCCUACAAACCUAGGACCUUCGCUGAUGUGGGAGGGAUCUGACCCAGCCCCUCGGUAUCAUAGGAAGCUGGAGUCAGAAGCUGUGAUUUUUGCCCAACUUCUGUGUGUUUGGUAGGGAAACUAAGGCCCCGGAAGCAGAAGGGGCUUGUGUGGGUGACACAGAGCCAUAUAUAGAAGACAGAGUGCCCCAGCCCCUCUUGGGAAUCCAAGGCCAGUACAAGUCUAGAAGAAACAAUUUCCUGUGAAUGGCAGUCGACAGGAGAUGAUUCUGUGUCGGCCACUGGCCAUAAGGAGCUACAAUGGUGCCAGGGCAGCAGGGCACCCAGGAGGUGUGGGGGCCAGCCUGCUGCUUCCCAGCCCUUUCCAUCCUGCGGCAGCCACUGGGGAAUUCAGGGUCCCUGGACCACCCCGCAUGGCUGAUGUUGGGCAGGAAAAGCCCCCAGCCCUGAGGCAGCCCUCCCUGAACCCCUCAGCACUCUCGGCAUGCUUUCUGGGAUUUUUGUGCUGGGGUAAGUGGUCUCCCCACUGCGGGAAAAGGGCCGAGCUUCCAGCCGCAGCACAAGUCGGGGUGCGCAGGAGGCACAGCUCGGGUAUAACAGAAACAGUCACGCAGGUGGUUUUAAAGCCCAGGCUUUCUCCGGAGGCAGCCAGAAGGCACUGGGGAGCUAGGAGUUGCCAUGGAGACAGGGCUCUGACCGGCCUUGCCUGCCAGAGGGAGGAAGGGAGGGUGGGGGCACCAGUGCCCUCCCUGGCAGAGAUCUCACCCUGCCCUCUC